AUGCCUGCGGCGUCAGUUUUCGUCGGUGUGUGCCUUUUGUGGGCGUUUUUGGCCGCUGAAGCGGCCGAUAAAGUUCAGCGCCGCUUCGCGGCAUUCACGAUCUCUGAGGAGGGACCUAGCACACCUCUGGGCUUCGUUCCGCAGUCAGUCGAGCAGGUGUACCUGGCCUACUACAGUGGAUUGGUCGAUGUGUACGGUGAUGCUGAGGAGGAGCGCGGGCGCAACCUUUUCCCGGACAAUGUCCACCCGGGGCUGUCGAUCUUAUCCUAUCCCAAGCAGAGUGCGUCUGAGUCCGUCGGGAGCGUUCGCGCUGAUGCCACGGUGACCUUAGAGUCGUGGUGUUUUGCCGUGACGUCGUUCUUCCUCUCCAGUCGGAUGCCACGCGUCGCUGGUGAUGCGGACGGCAAAUGCACCCUCGAUCUCUUCUAUCACAGGUGCCUCGGCCUCAACGGCCAUGCAGAUGCUGAGGAUGAAACUGACUACAGGAGCUGCCUCGUUCAGCUGUCUUCGACGAGCUCGCUGGAGGACGUGUACAUGUUCGAGAAGUGGUCCCGCCGGUGCCCUAAGCCCCUGUACGCCGACUCGCUCAGCAUGAACGCCAAGGCGGCUGCUUGCAACGGUCUAUUCAGCGAAUCUCCGUCCGUGGCCAGUCUGGUGACUGGGAGGCACUGCUACCUGCAUGACCUGUUGACUCUCGACUGGAUCCCUUACUCCGAGGUGCAGCGUCAGGCCGGGAGCUCGUUAUCCACCAUGAUCAACCCCGACAAGGUUGCGGCCAAUUACAUGAACACGUGGCGCUACUUGCAGCCCAGCAAAUCUGCGGAAUUCCAGAUGGGUUUUUCCACCUCAGUUUCGGACUUCCACAAUGAGGUUAUGGCAGCGUCGUCCAGCACCAAGGCCAAGAACAUUUCCGCGUUCCUGGCAAAUCAGGCUACCAACGUCCAGAUCAGAUACGUCAUCGCGGCAUUCACUAACCGCGAUGGUGUGGUGAAGAGUGAGUUGAGCUUCGGUGUCGCUUUCGACAGCCCUGCCUCCGUGGAUGUUCCCGAGUUCGACUUCAUCACGCCCGCCGGCCUGCCCGCGCACGUCACCUCGUCGGUGCUGGGUAUGGUGGACCCACUGAUGAGGGAGAGCUCGAUAAAGGCGGACGUUGGGUAUUCGGAGUUCCACGGCCGCGGUCAGCAUCGGUCGUGGAUCGUCUCCAUCACGCUGGAUGUGCUGCCGUUGAAGAAGAUGCUGGGAUUCCCUGCGAGGUUGUACCUGAGGGUGGUGCACAUGCUCGAGCGUAGCCUUUUCCUGGACAACGAUGAGUUGAACGGCUGGUUCGCCCGCUUGGAGUCCGAGGACGACGUCACCAAGAUCGAGGCGUCGCCCGUUGAGCUUGACAAGGACAGGAAUGUCGGAGUGGCCAGGCUGCGCACGCUCCGCACCCCGUUCAUCGACAUCGAGCAGCACGAGAUGCACUGUGCUCCCAUCCUGUACUACGGCUACGUGGCCGUGGACGGUUGGGCGAUGUCGCUGGACCGCCUGGAGGUGCAGUACACCCUGAUGACGCACACGCGGUACAUGCACAUGAACAAGGGCUUGACGCAGGAGCUGUUGCGGACGCCGGGCGUCAGGGCGCUGAAGAGCGUCACCGGGUGGAGGUAUGACCUGACGUUCGUCAAUGAACCCCUGGUGUACGUGUUGGACUCUCCUAAGGUGCCGAGCGGCAUCGGGUCUGAGGUGCCUGCCACGGCGAUGUCGUACGUCGAGUACCUUCGGGGCAUCUCCUUCAUGAAGUUCGUCGGCCGCGACAUUGCGGACGCCGACGCGCCGGCGUUGGCCAACAAAACGCAAUGGCGCCGCAUCUACACCACCAACCACGCCUCAGGGCCUUCAUCGGAGUCUGCGGUCGAGGUAUGCAAGCCGAAACGCACCGGCCUGGCGUUCGUCGGCCGCGUGUUCUCCAUGGGACGGUGCGCCGGCACCCGCCACCGGGUGCUUAAGAUCGCGGAGCAGCAGGGCUACGUGGUGUUUUCCACUCCGGUUGGCAAGUACUCUAAUUACAACAUCUCCGUGGUCGCGACGUUCAUUGCGACCGUCCUGGUCACGAUCGUGUCCGUAGCGCUGGCCCUCAGGGGCAGCGCGGACCUGGUGGUCAAGGAGAAAAAGCAUUAG